AUGUUGGAUUGGCCCCAGCCCCCCCUGGAGAGCCUGGCCACAGUGGAGGAGACAGUGGUGCGGGACAAGGCGGUGGAGUCCCUGCGGGCCGUGUCCCACGAACACGCCCCACCUGACCUAGAAGGUCACUUCGUCCCCUUGGUGAAGCGCCUGGCGGGGGGCGACUGGUUCACCUCCCGCACCUCCGCUUGUGGCCUCUUCAGCGUCUGUUACCCACGCGUCUCCAGCCCCGUCAAGGCCGAGCUGCGACACCAUCCUUGGUGGCCUCAAGCCAUCCUUGGUGGCCCCGAGCUGCUACAACGAGCCGUGGGCCCUGAAAUCACCAAAACCGACCUGGUGGGGGCUUUCCAGAGCCUCAUGAAGGACUGCGAGGCCGAGGUGCGGGCGGCCGCCUCCCACAAGGUCAAAGGUCCCCUCGUCCCCAAGGAGGGUCUGCGUGUCCUCAGAGACGGGGGACCCCCACGGGUGUCUUCGUCCCCCCACCCCAUGGUGUCCCCACGGUGUCCCCAGGAGCUGGUGUCAGACGCCAACCAACACGUGAAGUCGGCGCUGGCGUCCGUCAUCAUGGGGCUGUCCCCCAUCCUCGGAAAGGACAACACGGUGGAGCAUCUGCUGCCCCUCUUCCUCGCGCAGCUCAAGGACGAGUGUCCCGAAGUCCGUCUCAACAUCAUCUCCAACCUGGACUGCGUUAACGAGGUGAUCGGGAUCCGGCAGCUCUCCCAGUCCCUCCUGCCCGCCAUCGUCGAACUGGCCGAGGACGCCAAGUGGCGCGUCCGCCUGGCCAUCAUCGAGUACAUGCCCCUGCUGGCCGGCCAGCUG